GCACUCAUUCACACACUCACACACACCGAGGCACACACACCAAACCUGCCAACACUGUACAAUGACGAACUCUUCAAUUCCCAAACGGGCCGAUUCUGAUUUUUCUUUAUUACUGAGGAUUAACCCAUAACAUUUUGACCUUUUUUUUUAUCAUAUUUGUCAAGUCACCUGAAUAAUCCCCUGCAACAAGAAACUUUUACAGACUUCCUGGGAUCAGUCUGAAAGAUGGAGGCAGAGGAGAAUAAAAUUUCAGUGUGGGUUUGUCGCGAAGAGAAGCUCGUGUCGGGUUUGUCGAAGCGCACGAGCUGCGCGGAUGUGAUCCGGGUUUUACUGGACGAGCAGAACCUGGAGAAGCGCGUGUCCCUCUCGGGCUCUCCUCAGUCCUACUGCAUCGUGGAGAAAUGGAGAGGAUUUGAACGGAUUUUACCGAACAAAACCAAAAUACUGCGACUGUGGAGCGCGUGGGGAGAGGAACAAGAAAACGUCCAGUUCGUGUUGGUGAAAAACGAGGCGUCUUUACCCAGCAACGGGCCUCGGAGCGCAGAGGCGCGCGUCGUUCUCAGCAAGGAGAGCCCGUGCGUCUACAAGGGGACCGCCAGAGUGACCAUGGCUCUGUCACAGGACAAACAGAGACGGAUAGUCAGGAAAGCGUUCAGAAAGUUGGAUAAAAUCAACAAGAAACGGGCGCAGGCUGCGUCUAAAGACUCCUCAUCCAUGGAGAAGAUGGAGACCCUUGUGCACCUGGUCGUUUCUCAAGAUCACACCAUCCGCCAACAGAUUGAGAGGAUAAAAGAGCUCGACAGGGACAUUGAAAAGUAUGAGGCCAAAGUUCAUUUUGAUAGAAUGAAGAUGCAUGGGAUCAACUACGUCCAGGAUACGUAUUUAGUGGACGCCAACCCAGAUAACUUUAGCGAGGGGGACAAAACGAGCCCAGAAGCAGCUCUCGCCCAGUUUGAGGAAUAUGCUCAGAGAUGCGAGGAGGUCAUCAAACUGGAGGAAGAGCUGGCGAACCACGAGGCCCUCAUGGAGAGCAUUACGACUGAGAUUCAAGAGGAACUCAACCAGAGGUGGAUGAAAAGAAGACACGAGGAGCUCGCAAAUAAAGAGUCUGAACCCGCUUCUGAAGAGACGUCUCUAAGAGUCACAACUCGAGAAAAAGACGAUGGGCCUUCAGCCGGGGAUGUGUCUUCUGACAAUGACUUGCUUCUGGAAGAAGAGAGGAUCAGAACCCAGCUUGACACCAGUUUGUACAUCGGUCUGCGGCUGAACACCGAUUUGGAGGCCAUAAGGAAUGAUUUGGACUUGACCCAGGAGAUAUGGGGGGCGAAAGAGAAAGAACUGAGGGAUUUAAUGGAGAAAGUCAACUCUUUGGAUUUUGAGGAGGAGCUGAAAGAGGAAAACACAAAAGAAACAGACAGAUUGAUGCCGCUCCAGGGGGACAGUGUGUGGGUGGAGCAGGCAAGAGGGCUUUCAAAAACAUGUGACGUGAAUGAUGACGACUCAGAUACAGGACUCAGCUCAAUGCACAGUCAAGACUCAGAUAUCACACCCAUCUGCGAAUCUUUGGUGUAAAAAAAACACCAAACAACAACAACAACCUACUCCUCAUAUUAUCCCUUGCUGGAUAGUUCAAAUGAACAAUGCAUGUCUUAAUUUAACACAUUUUACAUUUGCAUACAGUAAACAAACAUAAAGCGGAGGCAAACAUGAGUGCUUGCAAAGUAAAAAAAAAGACCUUUACUGCAAAUCAAAAUGAAAUUACAUGAUCAAAACACAUUAAGAACAUAACUAUGCACUUACCAAGCAUUCUUAGUCUUAGUUUUUGAUUUUUUUUUGUCAUGUAGAUGUCUAUAAGAAUAUAUGGUAUCUUUUUUUCUGCCAUUGAAUAAAAAU